CCACGUGGCGCCGGUGAAAGGUUUUUUUUUUUUUUUUUUUUACAACUCUUCAGAUUCUUUUUGAAGGAUGGAAAAGCAGAAGGCGAAGAGUCACGACUCUUCACCUUUUGGGACAAAUCCUAUAAAUAGGAGAAGAUGCCCCCCGAGCUCUCAUUUACAAACUUUGCCAAAUUUCUGAAAAUUUGAGAGCAGCCGGCAAUUUGAGAGUUGAGAGCAUUCGGAGUUGAGAUUGGUUGAGAGCAACCGGUCUACAGACCGUCUGGGUCGUUGCAAGCUAGCCAAAGGUUUUCGAGAGGGUAAUCAGAGAAACCCAGCCGGAUUUUGAACCGCCUGCGUCUUCGCAAGCAUCCCAAAGAAUUUCCAGAUUUUCUUCUAGAAGAAGCCAAGAAAAUGCUGCCCACCGAGAAGACACCGGCUAGGUCGGCUGCCGACAUCCGGAAAGCCAAUCUCGAGAAAAAACUUGCUGCCUAGGCGGCGAGGAAGGUAUAACCGUCUGAUCCUUCUCGUUGACUUCAAUCCUUUUAUCCCAUAACUUAUAUUUUUCUCGUUUACAGGACGGGAAGCAGAUGCCCCGGUCCCUUCAAAAACAGGUCAGGCCUCCGCCGACCCAACAAGAGUCUGCAUCCAAGGUGCAGAAGACAGCCGACCGGCAAACUACCGGCGGCAAAUCAAUAAAAGUCCCAGGCGGGCCUGGAUCUGCGGAUGUGCUUUCUGCCAUCCCAUUGAGGACCGCAACCGGUCCCUCUGAAGGCCGUUCGGGCCGCCAAGAUAAUUCUCCCCGCUGGCCGGACGGGGCACAAUAUGCCCGGGCCAUGCUGAAAGCCGUCCCCAGGGACGAGAAGGAGGCGAUCCCUGGGAUCAACUCCUUUAAUGCCGACCGGGUGCUGGUCGACCUGGCCGACGCUAUGCUGCGCGUAGAGGGGCUCAAACGAGCUUAUACCCGCAAGUCUGAAGAGGUAAGGAGAAGCAAACGGGCUGUUGAUGACGCCCAUAAUGUUGCUGACUACUCUUUGUACAUGCAUGGCUUAGAAUCUAAAUCUAUACGCAUGGAACAGGCGGAGAAGACCAAGGCCCUCCAACAGCAGAUUGAUCAACUGAAAAACCAAGUUGACCAACUGCAGGCGUCCCUGGAUGAUGCCAAUAAAAAGUUGGAGGAACAGAAAGAACCCCUCCAACGGCUGAGCAAGGCGGAGACUGAAAAUGGCCGCCUUGCCAAAGAGAAUGAGCGGCUGAUCAAAGAGGCGGCUGUUGCCAAUAAGAACUUCAAGGCCGCCUUGGAGGCGGAGCAGGAGAGGCUCAUUGAGGAGAAUGAGCAUGAUUGUGCAAACCGGAUGCAACGGGCGUUUUCCCUCAUCCACCCGGAGGCGGACUUCACCGUCUGGGAACUCGCCUUCAAAUAUUCUGAUCUUGCCAUUCUGGCCGAGGAGGCGAAUGAGCCGGGGCCCGGACCCUGUGACGCUUGGGCUAGGGAGGAGAUUGCGCGACGGCAGGCGGAGGCUGCUGAAGAGGAAGAAGUUGUUCCUGAAGCCGACGCAGCCGCUCACCCUGAUCCUACCCUGAACCAACCGGAAGAGGACCGGUUCACUGUUCGCCUCGAGUAGCAUCCACCUCCCGGCCUGCGCGCCUUGCAUUAUCUUGUAAUAGCGCCGGAUGAGACGGGCUACUCGGCUGUAAUAAUUUUUAUUUUGAAUAUUAACAUUUUCACCGGCUGAGCCGGCUUUUGAAUGCACUCUGUUUUUCACACUUGGCUUUUGAAUGCUUUUUAUGUUUCUGCACUUCAAUACUAGAAUUCUUGUCAUUUUUUUUUUAUACAUAUUUCUGCGAGGAUAACCAAAAGAACCCCGCCGGUAACACUACC